GAUAUUUUUCUUGUAGAUUGAACUAAACCAUGCUCGUCAAACGGUCAUAGACAUAUCAUGCGUGGAUAAGAAUUUAGAACUGAGGCUGAUGCUAUGGACCAAGAGUGUUUUCGCUGACUUAACUGAUGAUGAAAUGCAGAGCCUUAGAAAUCUGAUUAAUUCAGCUGUUUUAGAUCCAGGAGUGAAGGGUGGUUUGAGAUGGCCCCUAGGGAAGUCAAACUCGAGGGUUCGGUAUCGUGUUAGUGGGGUUUGGCACACAGAAGUUAAGUUGUAUGAAAGCUCAUCACUGAGGCUCAAGGUAAGACAUGCUGAUCGAUUUAGUUUUGAGUCUUCUACUGGGGAGUCUGCAUUGGAGAUUACUCUGAAGUUGAAGCGAUUAGCUUCAGACAUACUGGAACAGAAGGUGGACACUGAUACUAUCUAUAAUAUGUUUAAGGACACCUUAGGGUUGGUAUGGGAUCAUUUUCUGUGUUGUGAGCACUUCUUGACAUAAGCAACUCAUGCCAAGCUUUACCUACUGUGAAAGAUGUUAAUAUGUUAAUGUCAGUGAUGGGAAUAACCCAUGUCCGUCUCCAAUGGUGGAACAUUUCUUGUAAAUAUUUGUUACAAAACAUUGUUGCUGCUUCUUUUUUUCUUUCUUUUUUAAUCCUUGUAAGAUCUUAAUAUGGUACAAGUUUGGCGUUUCAACAAUGGUAUGCUUGAUAAAUCAUCGACAGAUUAUGUAUAUGUGAUAAAACCAUUAACUAAUUGAGCUGACUGUUUAUGUUGCAGAAGUGGGUCAAAAAUAUUCAGUAGGUAUCCUAUAAUUUGUUUUAAAUUAAGAAGUUUCUAUGUAAUUAUUA